AUGUUCAGCUUUGUGGACUCAAGAACUGUUCUGCUACUUGUAGCAUCCCAAGUUGUUUUACUAUCUGUGGUUCGAUGUCAGGAGGAGGACGACCAGGAGGCAGGCGGCUGCACCCAUGACGCCCAGCAGUAUAAUGAUAAGGAUGUGUGGAAGCCAGAGCCGUGCCGUAUCUGUGUGUGUGACAGCGGAGCGGUUCUGUGCGAUGAGAUAUUCUGCGAGGAGAUGAAAGAGUGCACCAACCCUAUCAUCCCAUCUGGAGAAUGCUGCCCCAUCUGCCCCGCUGAUGCCACUGCCCCCAUUGAGACGGUAGGCGUUAAGGGCCAGAAAGGAGAACCGGGAGAGAUUGCAGAUGUUGUAGGACCAAGAGGACCAGCCGGCCCCAUGGGGCCCCCAGGCGAGCAGGGACCCCGAGGAGAAGCUGGCGCUAAGGGUGAUAAGGGAAAUCCUGGACCUCGAGGAAGAGAUGGUGAACCUGGCACACCUGGAAACCCUGGACCCCCCGGCCCACCUGGACCACCGGGGCUUGGAGGCAACUUUGCUGCUCAGAUGGCUGGAGGCUUCGAUGAGAAGGCUGGAGGAGCUCAGAUGGGCGUGAUGCAAGGACCGAUGGGCCCCAUGGGUCCCCGUGGUCCCCCUGGACCUUCUGGAGCUCCCGGACCACAAGGUUUCCAAGGCUCCCCUGGAGAGGCUGGAGAGCCUGGUCCAGCUGGACCAAUGGGACCUCGUGGACCACCUGGACCAUCUGGAAAACCAGGAAGUGAUGGUGAAUCUGGUAAACCUGGCAAACCUGGUGAGCGUGGACCUGCAGGGCCUCAGGGAGCUCGUGGAUUCCCUGGAACUCCUGGACUUCCUGGAAUUAAAGGACACAGAGGUCAUCCUGGUCUGGAUGGAGCUAAGGGAGAGACAGGAGCAGCAGGAGCCAAGGGUGAGUCUGGUUCUGCUGGAGAGAACGGUUCCCCCGGAGCGAUGGGCCCACGUGGUCUGCCUGGUGAGAGGGGACGUCCUGGAGCUGCUGGGUCUGCAGGCGCUCGUGGAAAUGAUGGUUUGCCUGGUCCUGCUGGUCCUCCUGGCCCAGUCGGUCCUGCUGGAGCACCCGGUUUCCCAGGAUCCCCAGGAGCCAAGGGAGAAGCUGGUCCCACUGGUGCCCGAGGAGCUGAAGGCCAGCAGGGUCCCCGCGGAGAAGCUGGUACACCAGGAUCUCCUGGACCUGCCGGAGCAGGGGGUAACCCGGGUACCGACGGGAUUCCUGGAGCCAAAGGAUCUGCUGGCGCUCCUGGUAUCGCCGGUGCUCCUGGAUUCCCCGGCCCUCGUGGACCACCUGGACCUCAGGGAGCAACUGGACCUCUGGGGCCCAAAGGACAGUCUGGGGAUCCUGGUCUACCUGGACUGAAAGGUGAAUCUGGACCAAAAGGAGAGCUUGGCCCUGCUGGUCCUCAAGGUCCCCCAGGUCCUGCUGGAGAAGAGGGAAAGAGGGGCGCCAGAGGAGAACCUGGAGCUGCUGGACCAAACGGACCUCCAGGAGAAAGAGGAGCUCCAGGAAACCGUGGUUUCCCCGGUCAAGAUGGUCUGGCAGGAGCUAAGGGCGCUCCUGGGGAUCGGGGCGUUCCUGGUGCCGCUGGGCCUAAAGGUGCUACAGGAGACCCUGGACGCACAGGAGAGUCUGGUCUACCCGGAGCCAGAGGACUCACUGGUCGUCCUGGAGAUGCUGGUCCUCAAGGCAAAGUUGGACCCUCUGGUGCCCCCGGUGAGGACGGUCGUCCCGGUCCACCUGGGCCUCAGGGAGCUCGCGGACAGCCCGGAGUGAUGGGAUUCCCUGGACCAAAGGGCGCCAAUGGUGAACCUGGAAAAGCAGGAGAAAAGGGGCUUAUAGGUCGUCCUGGUCUGAGAGGUCUGGCUGGAAAAGAUGGUGAGACCGGACCUGCCGGACCUCCUGGUCCUUCUGGACCUGCUGGAGAGAGAGGAGAGCAAGGACAGCCUGGACCCCCAGGCUUCCAGGGUCUGCCUGGACCAGCUGGGUCUCCAGGAGAGGCUGGAAAACCUGGAGAUCAGGGUGUUCCUGGAGAAGGUGGAGCUCCUGGAGCUGCUGGACCCAGAGGUGAGCGUGGCUUCCCUGGUGAAAGAGGUGGUGCUGGUCCCCAGGGUAUUCAGGGACCCCGUGGACUGCCUGGAACACCCGGAACUGAUGGACCCAAGGGGGCGAUUGGACCAGCUGGAGCUCCUGGAUCUCAGGGACCCCCUGGCCUGCAGGGUAUGCCUGGAGAGAGAGGAGCCGGUGGAAUCCCUGGAGCCAAGGGAGACAGAGGUGACAACGGACAGAAAGGACCUGAAGGUGCUCCUGGAAAGGACGGCGCGAGGGGUUUGACUGGUCCAAUCGGUCCUCCUGGUCCAUCUGGACCCAACGGAGCUAAGGGUGAGACCGGACCUACAGGACCCACCGGUGCUCCAGGUGUUCGAGGUGCUCCUGGUGAUCGAGGUGAGCUCGGUCCUCCUGGGCCCGCCGGCUUUGCUGGACCUCCUGGCGCAGAUGGUCAGCCAGGUGCCAAGGGAGAGAAUGGUGAGAGUGGACAAAAGGGAGAAGCUGGUGCUUCUGGACCUCAGGGACCAUCUGGAGCUCCUGGACCUGUGGGACCUACUGGCGUAUCUGGACCCAAGGGAGCACGUGGUGCUCAAGGACCUCCUGGAGCCACAGGUUUCCCCGGUGCUGCUGGCAGAGUCGGACCUCCAGGUCCUAACGGUAACCCUGGUUCUGCCGGUCCUGCUGGCCCUGCUGGUAAAGACGGUCCAAAGGGUGUGCGUGGUGAUGCAGGUCUCCCGGGCAGAGCAGGAGACCCUGGCCUUCGUGGACCCGCAGGGCCUCCAGGAGAGAAAGGAGAGCCUGGAGAGGAUGGGCCUCCUGGUGCUGAUGGGCCUUCAGGUCCUCAGGGUCUGGCAGGAUCUCGUGGUAUUGUUGGUCUGCCUGGUCAGCGCGGAGAGAGAGGCUUCCCUGGUCUCCCUGGACCCUCUGGAGAGCCUGGUAAACAGGGAGCUUCUGGUAGUGCCGGUGACCGUGGACCUCCCGGACCUGUAGGACCGCCUGGACUUACUGGACCUUCUGGAGAACCGGGCAGAGAGGGUACUCCUGGGUCAGAUGGACCCCCCGGUAGAGACGGGGCCAUUGGAAUCAAGGGAGAACGAGGGAACACCGGUCCGGCUGGCGCUCCUGGAGCUCCUGGUGCUCCUGGUGCCCCUGGACCUGUCGGACCCCUUGGCAAGCAGGGCGACAGAGGAGAGGCUGGGGCUCAAGGACCUGCAGGACCCCCAGGACUAGCUGGUGCUCGAGGAAUGGCUGGACCCCAAGGACCACGUGGAGACAAAGGAGAGGCUGGUGAGGCUGGAGAGAGAGGGCAAAAGGGUCACCGUGGCUUCACCGGUCUGCAGGGUCUUCCUGGACCCCCAGGUCCUGCUGGAGACUCUGGCACUGCCGGACCCGCUGGACCAAGCGGAGCGAAGGGACCACCUGGACCAGUUGGACCUGCUGGCAAAGAUGGAUCUAAUGGACAGCCUGGCCCCAUCGGACCCCCUGGACCUCGUGGACGUUCUGGAGAAACUGGUCCUGCUGGUCCUCCUGGUAAUACCGGACCCCCUGGUCCUCCUGGUCCACCAGGCCCAGGCAUUGACAUCUCUGCCUUUGCUGGCCUGGGCCAGACUGAGAAGUCCCCCGAUCCUCUCAGGUACAUGAGGGCCGACGAGGCCUCCAGCUCUCUGAGGCAGCAUGACGUCGAGGUCGACUCCACGCUCAAGUCCCUCAACAACCAGAUCGAGAACCUGCGCAGUCCCGACGGCACCCAGAAGAACCCGGCUCGCACCUGCAGAGACCUCAAACUGUGUCACCCAGAGUGGAAGAGCGGCGAUUACUGGGUGGAUCCCAACAUCGGCAGCACGGCGGACGCAAUCAAGGUCUUCUGCGACAUGGAGACAGGAGAGACCUGCGUCUACCCGAGCAUCGCCUCGGUACCAAGGAAGAGCUGGUGGACCAGCAAGAGCAAGGACCGCAAACACGUCUGGUUUGGAGAGACCAUGAGUGGAGGAUUUCACUUCAGUUACGCUCAGGACGGCCCUGCUGCCAUCGCUGCCAGUGUCCAGCUGACCUUCCUGAGGCUUUUGUCCACUGAAGCAUCCCAGAACCUCACGUAUCACUGCAAAAACAGUGUCGCCUACAUGGAUCAAGCCACAGGAAACCUGAAGAAGGCUUUGCUGCUGCAGGGCUCCAACGACGUAGAGAUCCGUGCCGAGGGCAACAGUCGGUUCACCUACAGCGUGUUGGAGGACGGCUGCAAGAGUCACACAGGCCGGUGGGGCAAGACCGUCUUCGAGUACAAAACACAGAAAACCUCCCGUCUGCCGAUCGUAGACAUUGCUCCUAUGGACAUCGGAGGAGCAGAUCAGGAGUUCGGAGUGGAUGUCGGCGCCGUCUGCUUCUUGUAAAGUGGAGAAUCAAAACAAGCCCCCACCCCUCUAAACACAGGAAAUAAAUAAAUAAAUGAUAUAAAAAAAACUCAACCACGAAACAACACAAACACUUCCACAAUAAAGAAGCCUGGAAAUUGAAAGUAACAGAAGAUUUAUACGUUUUCUCUCACAACAAAGUGCUCUCCAAGAUGUACUUCCUGGAUGCGAGCACUGAAGGGCACCGGCAAUAUCUAUUCACCCCACCUGCAUUCCCUGUCGACCCUCUCCCCACACACCCCUCCUCCCUUCUCUGAGAUCCAGUCAUGUUUCCCCCUGUGGCCCAGCUGAUGACGGGGACGAGUCUGAGUCGGGAGAAAGCGGGACCAAGCGAACACGUUACGGAGAACAGAAACAUGACUUGAUGUCACUUAUUUAUUGUCGAAACCUGAGCGGGUUGAGUUGAGGUAGGACUGGACUGGGGUUCACACGAGCCCCCCCACCCCUUCACCCGUUUCCACAGCUGCACAACCUCUGUCCCGGUCCUACACCACCUCCACUUUCUUUUUUCCCCUACCUACGUAAACACAACAUUUUGAACCCAGGUAGACCAAUAAAAUUAGGUAAAUUCAACCAGGAGCUCCAGGCCUGUCCAUCAUGAGCAGGAGCAUAAAAACUUUGCUGUGUAUUAUAAAAUAUUUGGUUCUAGUGUUGUAAGUCUGUGUUUAUAAACAACCAGUUUUUUUUAUUUUUUUAAAUAUAUUUCCACAUAAUUUGUGUACAUGUGUCUGUACACACACCAAAGCUUUAUUUUGAAAAGUGAGGUGAUGUUUGGGAUGUGUAUUAAACUGCCCGUCUGUAAAAAAAAGUCCCAGCUCUUGUGAAAAAAAAAAAAAAAGAUGAAAUCUGAAGAAUUGGAGAGAAAUUUGCUUUUAUGUGUAGUCAUCCAGAAUGUUUGAAGCUACCUCACGAUGAAGAAAACCAAAGAAAAUAAAAGUUUUAAGCUGACCAAAGCAGUAGUUUUCAGAGGGAUUUUUUGUUGAUUUGUUUUGGGACGUUCGUUUCUCAGAAGGUGCUAUGAAUCCCACCCUACCCCCUUCAAACCCACCCAGCCACGCUCAAUUCCCACUAGCCUCUCACCACACCCUCACACUCCACCCUGGAGGAGGUGAGACAGGGGCUAUUGGAGGCCUCCUCUGGACUCCCUAACCCCUGCCCCCCCCCACACAGCUGGGACUUUGAGGACAGUCGCUCAAAAACUAAACCAGGGUGGGUUGUUGUCUCUGUGUGAGGGCAUGUACAUUUUUUUUGUUUUGUUUUUUGGAAUACAUUUUUAUUCUGAUAAUUUGUGUUCUUGUUUUGUUACACCUCUAAUUGAUGUAAAUUGGAAAAUAAAUGGAAAAUCUAAUUCAGAAAAAAA